GCGCCGACGAGCUCCCGAUUAAUUGUGCAUGUUCGAGUGUAUUUUGGGUGGUAUAACAAUUGGUCGUGGUGUGUGAGAGGCUCUCCGCUCGCGAUCCGUGCGGAUUUUCGCCACAGAGAGCGAACUAACACACACAUACACAGUAGAGAUUUGAACAAUUCGCGAGUGACUAUGGCAGUACCGCCAAUGGCCUGUACGCGAUUUAGCGACAAUUAUGAUUUGAAGGAAGAGCUAGGGAAAGGGGCAUUCUCGGUAGUUAGAAGAUGUGUUCAGAAGUCCACUGGUUUGGAAUUCGCUGCAAAAAUUAUAAACACAAAAAAAUUGUCAGCAAGAGAUUUUCAGAAAUUGGAGAGGGAGGCCAGGAUCUGCAGGAAGCUCCAGCAUCCAAAUAUAGUGAGGUUGCACGACAGCAUACAGGAGGAGAACUUCCACUAUUUGGUAUUCGAUUUAGUAACGGGAGGUGAAUUGUUCGAGGACAUUGUAGCAAGGGAAUUCUAUUCAGAAGCGGACGCUUCUCACUGUAUACAACAAAUUUUAGAAUCAGUCAAUCACUGUCACCAAAAUGGCGUGGUACACAGAGAUCUCAAGCCGCCCAACAAUUUUAUUCAAAUUGUUUNUCUGGCUAGCAAACAGAAGGGAGCGGCGGUAAAACUGGCGGACUUCGGUCUGGCCAUCGAGGUGCAGGGCGAGCAGCAGGCGUGGUUCGGGUUCGCGGGCACGCCCGGCUACCUCUCCCCCGAGGUGUUGAAGAAGGAGCCCUACGGCAAGCCGGUGGACAUCUGGGCAUGCGGCGUCAUCCUCUACAUCCUGUUGGUGGGCUACCCGCCCUUCUGGGAUGAGGACCAGCACCGGCUGUACGCGCAGAUCAAGGCGGGAGCUUACGACUAUCCCAGCCCGGAAUGGGACACCGUCACGCCGGAAGCGAAGAACCUCAUCAACCAAAUGCUGACGGUCAAUCCGGGAAAGCGGAUAACUGCCGCGGAAGCCCUCAAACAUCCAUGGAUAUGCCAAAGGGAACGCGUUGCGUCCGUCGUCCACAGGCAGGAGACGGUGGACUGCCUCAAAAAAUUCAACGCAAGGCGCAAACUCAAGGGUGCUAUCCUUACCACUAUGUUGGCUACCCGUAAUUUUUCAAGUCGAAGCAUAAUAGUGAAGAAAGGCGACGGCUCUCAAGUGAAGGAAUCGACGGACAGCUCGACGACCUUGGAGGAUGACGAUAUCAAAGAAGAUAAGAAAGGCGGAGUCGACAGAAGCUCGACAGUUAUCGCCAAAGAACCAGAAGAAAUACGGAUUGUCUGCCCUGAUAAGCCGUACACGCAACUAUCCACAAACUCGCAGAGUUCAGCUCGACGACAAGAAAUCAUUAAGAUGACCGAACAGCUUAUAGAAGCCAUAAAUACAGGCGAUUUCGAGGCGUACACAAAAAUUUGUGAUCCACAUUUAACGGCUUUCGAACCAGAAGCUAUGGGUAACUUGGUAGAAGGAAUGGAUUUUCAUAAAUUUUAUUUCGAUAACGUUUUGGGUAAAAAUUGCAAGGCGGUGAACACAACAAUAUUGAAUCCGCACGUACAUUUGCUAGGCGAGGACGCAGCGUGUAUCGCUUACGUCCGAUUGACUCAAUACAUGGACAAGCACGGUCAGGCGCACACCCAUCAGUCGGAAGAGAGUCGGGUGUGGCACAAAAGGGACAACAAAUGGCAGAACGUCCACUUCCACCGCAGCGGAGGUAACGGGGGAGCUGCGUUCGGAUUCAGUUCACAUAAAUAGAAGACAUUAAUCUGGGAGGUCCGCCCGUCCGGGCCCACCAAAAGCCAUAUAAACUAUGUUUACUGUGAAAUCUAUUUGUGGUGAUGUGUGAUUCUCAUAUUUUUCAUUUUUAUAUUAAUUUGUUAAGUUUCACUUCUCUACCACGUACUGUACGUAUUAUACAUGUUACCAGCCGUUGCUCCAUAUGACGCCGACGCGAUUCAUUCCCUUGCGCUAGUUCUAACGGGACGGCGCAAGAAAACCGACAUCGUACACUUCCAGACGUCAAGUUUUACGCCGCAACCCAUCCUCCAAACACCGACGGUCGCGUUAUACGGAAACGGGUUUGAUAUAGAUUGCCUUCGACUUUGUAUUAAUAUAGGCUUGCCACUAUGUGAAGGUUGACGUGAAUAUAGCCAACGGUUUUUUUAGGCGGCAGCUUGUACGCAGCACACCGACAUAAUUGUACUAAGAUAUAAACUGACUUAGCCAAAUGAAUUUAGAGGAUAUAAAGAGUUUAGUUUGUUUACACGACAACCGGAACUUUUAAAUGAAUUAAUUUUAUAAGCUAGGGUUAUUGUCGGUGCGGAAGUUGUUUUAUAUUUGUAAAUUAUUGCCUUUCCUUCUCCAGUUGUUUUUCACCCGCUCGUAACGUUUAUCGUUCAAUUUGUAGUUUUCGUAAUAGCACGCCGGAAUAAAAAAUUUCAAGCUAAUUUCGAGUUUUUGUCGCAAGGAAAUUGUUCUAACAAAGACCGAAUGUAGACCGAUCAAAAUAACUCAUUUAGAGGGAAAAAAAAUUGUUACCUGGACUUUCAUAAGUGGAAAUGGU